UUUUUUUUUUUUUUUUUUUUUUUUUUUUUUUUUUUUUUUUUUUUUUUUUUUUUUUUUUUUUUUUUUUCAGAUUACCAUCUGACGGCGCGAAAACAUCACGAACUCUAGGAAAUCUUCGCUGAUAGAUCCUUCCAGAACACAGCCCCGUGUGUGCUUUCCUACUACCACAGCGCCCAGCCGCCUCGCCUCCGCCUCGUGCCGUGCGGGGAGACCGGCCGAUCGAGCGCUGCUUGCUUACCAGCGACUGACCGCGCCUCGCCCUCUCCUCGCCAUUCCGCCUCUCAUGCUGCGCCACGCUCGCUCUCGCGCCCUCUCCAGGCUCUCGCCGCCUGCCCUCGCGGGGCUCUGCGCCGGCCAGAGCCAGAGCUGGAGCCACAGCCACAGCUAUGGCAAUGGCUAUGGCUAUGGGUACAGCGCGCAUGGACCGCCUGGCGCCGUGGAAACCGCGUGUGCUGCAGGAAUCGGAUGCGCCCCAUCAGUCGGGCACGACUGUCAACGGGAUACCCGCGCCCAUGCGUCACGCGCCCAUGCGUCGCGCGCCCAUGCGUCGUCCGCGCAUGCCCUGACCACCCACGGCGCAUCCGAGGAGGCGCUGUGGAGAGCACGGCGGCCAGAAGCGGUGUGUGGCGGCGAGCGGGCGGCGUGCAGCCACGUGGCAGCUGAGGGCACAGAGAGGGCGGGUGGCACCCAUGGCGCAACGCCCCACCCCGCCCACGCGCCAUCCCUGCACCGCCCCCUCCAGUCCCCACUGAGCCCCUCGCAUUCCCCCCCCGCUUUGCACCUCCGCCCCCUCCGCCACUCCCCUAGCGCCCCCUGUAUCUCACUCCAUGCCUCACCCCAUGCCUCGCCCCAUGCCUCGCCCCAUGCCUCGCCCCAUGCCUCGCCCCAUGCCUCGCCCCAUGCCUUCCACACGACAACCCACUGCCUCUCAGCUCGCCCCACUCCAUACUUCGCUGCCUGUCCACCCCAAUCAUCUGCUGCCACGUGGCAACGCAGCUCGCUCUUUCACCGUGCCUUCCACGCUUCAGCCGUGGCAGCGGCAGCAGGCAGGGCACAGGACUACUACGGUGUCUUGGGGGUGUCAAGGAGUGCGUCAGCAGCCGAGAUCAAGAAGGCCUUCUAUGCGCUGGCGAAGAAGCACCACCCGGACGCGAACAAGGACGACCCCAAUGCAGCCAAGAAGUUCCAGGAGGUGCAGCAGGCGUACGAGGUGCUUAAGGAUGAUGAAAAAAGGGCCAUGUACGACCAGGUUGGAGCGGAGGCGUUUGAGGGGGCGGCAUCAGGGGGCCCAGGGGCAGGGCCGGGCGCUCAGGGCUUCAGCGGCUUCUCGGGCUUCGGAGGGCCGUCGGACUUUGAAGAGAUGCUGGGUGGCAUCUUUGGGCGCAUGGGGGGCAUGGGCAUGGGCGGCAUGGGCAUGGGGGCGAGGGGGCCGAGGGCGGGGGCGAGUGUGCAGGUAGCGGUGAGGCUGACGCUGAGGGAGGCUGUGGACGGGGGCACGCGCCACCUCUCCUUCACUGCGCCCGUGCGAUGCGACGCCUGCAAUGGCUCGGGUCUGCCCAAGGGCUACCAGCCCACAGCAUGCAAGGCGUGCAAGGGCCAAGGCAUGGAGAUGCGGCGAGUGGGCGCGUCUGUGGUCAUGCAAACAUGCUCGUCCUGCGGCGGCCAGGGGGUGUUCAUUAAGGAGCGGUGCAAGUCAUGCCAUGGGGAGGGUACAGUGAACGAGAGGAGGGAAGUAGAUGUCAAGAUACCAGCAGGGGUGGACUCGGGAGUGACGCUGCGGCUGCAGGGCCAGGGAGGUGCAGGUGGAAAAGGGGCACCGCCUGGCGACCUGCUCAUGAACAUUCAGGUGGAGGAGGACCCGGUGUUCAAGAGGGAUGGCAACGACAUCCACGUCGACCUCCACGUCUCCUUUCCCCAGGCGUGUCUCGGAGCAUCGGUGCCCGUGCCAACACUGUCAGGGGAGGUCCUGCUCAAGAUCAAGCCAGGCACACAGCCGGGGCAGGUGCUGCAGCUGCGGGAUAAAGGAGUGCGAGCGCCCACCAGUCGUCGUGCGGGGAGUCAAUUUGUGCACGUCAACGUCCAAGUGCCCACGGAGCUGUCGGCGCGGCAGAGGAAGCUGCUGGAGGAAUGGGACUCAGAAGGGGGUGGGGGCACAGAGGGCAAACAGGCUGGGGAGGAGGAUGGCGAUGGCACGACAGCAGGAGGGACGAGUGGGGGGGACAAGAAGGACGACCGGGAGGGCGGCAAGGAGAAGAAGCGAGCGUGGGGUCUUUGGUAGUGCGGUACUGAUGAGGGUGUAACGCUGCGGCGUGGCUGAGUGCAAUAGCGGAAGCUUUGAGUGUUCUGUCGACUACCUGGCCAGUGGUGCUGUUGGUUGGUGGUGGGGGAAGCUAACGAUGGUAAUUAUGAAUUCACUCAAGGCGAACUGAACUGGCAAGAGAUAUGAGUACAUGCAAGACAGGAGUUCAACAGAGACCAAUGAGAGCGACAUGCAUAAGGUAUGACCCAUAAGCAGUCAGUAAAAAAAGCCAAAGAGACAAUGUGCACAAUUAGUUAAGAGCGAGUU